AUUUGUUUUCUGAACAAAAAUACUAGAAAUUGAGAUUGUGGCCUCAGACAAACGUAGUAAACUAUUCAAUGUUAUAACGUAAUUGUCACAGAGUAUCCCCCUGGGGAGAUGUUCUGUGGUAAUUGUUCGUUUUACAGUUCACCAACGUCGGACUUAAACUUGCUACAAUCAAAUAUCACAGAAAUCGAACCGAUAGCAUACUAACAGACAGUGCAAUGUUUUCACUUAGUUUUAGUUUCAGUUAGCAGCAGAUCUGGAGAUAAUUCUCCACGUACGGUACUUUUAUCGUAUUGACUAAGUAGAACAGUUAGCAGACAUAUUAUAUUAUCUGCUUAUCAUUUCUGGAAUUUCCUUUCAAAAUUACUUUAUUUGCAUUCGCAGUGUGAUAACCGUGGUCCCCACAUAAGUAAAAUUGUAGUAUGUACCUAAUAGUUUAAUAGUAUUGAAAUUGUUAAUUGCUUUAAAAGUAGAAUACAAAUUGUGAUGGUGUAACCGUAAAAAAAUAAGUACGAGCAUUAUUCAAAAUAAUGUCGGUGUGUAAAUGGUUUAGUUUUUCGCAUAGACGAUGGAGAGUUAUAGCCGUCGCUUGGGUUCAUAUGAUUCUAGUUCUUUAUGGUAUUUAUGUGACCGCUGAUGAUAGAAUUAACGAACAGUAUCCAGUGAACGCAUACGAAAUAGUGUAUGCUCUAUGCUAUUACAUUGUACACUUUGUGCUAAUCACUCUACUAGUUUUGGGAAUUAAUAAUAAUUGGUCUAUUCUAUAUGUGCCAUGGAUUAUUGUAUUCUUCGCAGUAUUUACCGCUGCAUCAUAUCUUUGGAUAGAAUCCAUUUUAAAAGAAAGCAUUUCAUCCAUAGUUGCUUGGCUUACUAAUGUUACUGUGCUGAGUUUUGUCUGGUUUGGAUGGUGGUGUGUAACAAAAGACUUUUUGAAUGUUCGUCAAAAGCGUCAAUUCGAGGUACGGCGCAGUGAGGCGCGGUGAGUUAUAACUCACCAACUCAAAAGCGCAACUCAACACAGUGUUCUUCUUCUUCUCAAAAGCUGUCUGUAAGACUAGACCAUUAGAAAUAUGAAUGGUUUUCCUAAAAUAAUCAUCUGUGUGAGAUUGAAAAACGCCAAGCUUAAGUUAACUUGUUAAUGUACUAAAAGGUGAAUUAUAAUUAUAACUGAAAACAGAUAUGUAACUAUAAACGUGUAUCAAGUCGACGUUUUCGGCUACCUAGUUGUUUAAAGCUAUUUUUCAAAUAAAACACUGCAUAUAAAACUUAAAAUCUGAUUAUCAAGCUUUAUAUUUUCCGUGCGUGUUAUAAAUACGAUUUCGAUUAGCAACAAUAUUGUAAUAGUUAACCUUAAUACUUAUGGCGAUAUAAAUUAAUUGUCGCAUGUUUACAAUUAUAAAUAACCGUUUCAGAUAUAAAUAGUAGCGGAGUAAGAUGUCGCAGCUAAUUAGCUUGCUGAUUGGAUUUACUAAUACCUAGGUAGUAUGUGAUUUUGGCAUUAAAUUUUAAAUUGACUUUAAGUGAAAAAUCUUUAUAAAUAUAGAAUAUUUUAUUUGUGUCCUACUGUGAACAAUAUCUGUAGUUCAUGAAGGAUUAUACAUUCUUUCCUUGUGGUACAUGCGAAUAAAAUCCUACAGGACCAAUGCUUGUCUAAAAAUAGGAAUUUAUGGAGCUGUUGUUGAUAUUUGUUAAGCAAAUAUUACGUCUAUGCUUUCCGGGUAAAUUCGCAAUGUUAUUAAAUACACCCUAAGUUUAUCAUCAUCAUUUUCAAAAUAAAUAGCAUUUAUCGUAAACAUUAAAAAUGCCGCAUCAGUUGAUUUUCAUUUCAAUCUUAUACUAAGCAGCAAAUGUACUGAAAUUAUCAAUAAGUUUAAUUAGUACGUGAGGUCGUUGGUUUCGAGACAACUCGAAGAAGUCACCAAGUAAGGAAACUAUUUAUAGGAGCACAAAAAUGGACGCGCCAGACUGGCAUUGCACAUUAUCACUUUUGUAAUAUUUGUACUAUAUCACAUAUAAAUUGAUGGAAUUCAGCAACAAUUAAUUAAAGGGUAUACAAGCUAGUUACAACUUGAAUAAAAUCGAGUUGUAAAUAGAAAUAUUGAUAAUAUCGAGGACAAAAUAUUGAUCUAAUAUUUCCGAAUUGAACACAUUUUAAUGUAAAUAUUUCUUGGUGGAAACGUUGGAUUUAGUUGAUACCGAGAGUAAAUUAAUUGUUGUUCUUAUAUCGGAACUGCUCACCUACAUUCAGGUUUUGCUCCCGAAAAGAGCAGAUUUCAGAUUUCAAUUUCAAUACAGCGAGAAAUACCAAUAUUAUUAUUUAAUUGCAAGUUAAGGUAGGAAAAGUGCAAAACAUUUCGAAUACGAUGUCGAAAUUUUAAUAAUUUUCUAAAACUAGCAUUACCGCACUUGCAUAUAUUUACGAUAGUUAAAGUUGAAAGCACUUGGAAAGUUUUAGAAACAGAUCUAACAAUAGAGAGUUAUUGAACGGUCGAUAGUUAGUUAGUCGGAACGAAAGAGUGGUAUUUUGACGCAAACGUCUGCACAAUUGAGUCUAAAAAUAAGGGAUCUCCUAAUAAUGAUACUGUUCUGUGCUAUUUGUGCAGCGAUACUGUACGCUUUAUUUCUACCUUAUGCAGUUGACAUUUAUAACGAUUGCUUAGAGAUUAUUUCAUUAUAUAACACAUUUUCAAAUACAAGUUUUCUUUCAACCAGGGGACGUUUUAAAAUGAGCGGAAAUAAGAAUACCCGGUUAAAGUUCACUUCCGAGGAUGAUGUCACCUUAUUAAAGGAAUGUUUAAACGUGAAUCCAAUUAUGAACCGCCAGGGAUGCGAAAUGCGAAUUAAAUGGUUGGCAGAGAAAAGUGGAAAUAGACUAAAUUAGGUACUGUUCACGAUUAGAAUCGUAUAUUCUUUUCAUCUAGAGGUCAGGAAUUGAAGAGCCGCAAAGCGAGAGGAAUGAUCUAUUGCUGGAAGUGCCAUCCCUAAGGAAAGAAACCAAUUAUGAUUUCAAAGACAAAAGCAAGCGCUCAUUGUUGAAAAAACAACGACCUUCCAAUUUAGGGAAGAAUAUAAGAGACUUAGGUACCCGUUGAUAACAAACCGAAUUGUCGGUCAUUUCUUCUAAAGAUAUAUAUUUUCGAGUUGAAUAAUUAAUAAAUAAGUGAUAAAAAAAAUUCUGCUUUACAACAGAUUACAUAAUGUGCAUAGUAAUAUUCUCGAAUAACUACUACUAAGCGCAUUUCAUUGCACGCGGCACCACGCACACCUGCAUGCCGAUGCUGCAAAUUAUAUCAUAUAAAUAUGUAAGCUAAGAUAUAGGAGUCAGUUGUUACUAAACCAAAGUUGCUGAAAUAAAAUUUUUUAAAAAUC